CCCCCCCCUCCCGGAGGAGUGACGGCGGGCCAAGAUGGCGGAGGCGGCGGCGGUGCCGCAGCACCGGUUCUUCUGCCACAGCUGCAAGGGCGAGGUCAGCCCCAAGCUGCCGGAAUACACCUGUCCCCGCUGCGAGUCCGGGUUCAUCGAGGAAGUCACUGAGGAUUCCAGUUUUUUCGACGGCAGCUCCCUGGACGGCAGCCCCUCCUCGCAGUUCGCAGAGCUCUGGGACCACCUGGACCACACGAUGUUCUUCCCGGAUUUCCGGCCCUUCCUGGACGCCGAGGGCCGGGACGCCGACAGGGCCCCCCCGGGCGAGCUCUGGGGGUCCGGCCGCCCCCCCCGGCUGCCCACGGGCCGCAGGUACCGAGCCCGGGGCAGCUCCCGCCCGGACCGCUCGCCCGCCAUCGAGGGGAUAAUCCAGCAGAUCUUCGCGGGGUUUUUCGCCAACUCGGCGGUGCCCGGCUCGCAGCACCCCUUCUCCUGGAGCGGGAUGCUGCACUCCAACCCCGGCGACUACGCGUGGGGACAGAGCGGCCUGGACGCCAUCGUCACCCAGCUCCUGGGGCAGCUGGAGAACACGGGGCCGCCGCCGGCCGACAAGGAGAGGAUCUCGUCGCUGCCCACGGUGCCGGUGACGCAGGAACAAGUUGACACGGGGCUGGAAUGCCCGGUGUGCAAGGAGGACUAUUCGGUGGCCGAGCAGGUCCGGCAGCUCCCCUGCAACCACGUCUUCCACAGCAGCUGCAUCGUGCCCUGGCUGGAGCUGCACGACACGUGUCCCGUCUGCAGGAAGAGCCUCAAGGGGGAAGAUUCCACCCGGCAAACGCCCAACCCCGACGCUUCCGACAGCCCCGUGCAGGAGCCAUGGACUUUCUGACCCCUCUCCCGGAAGGUUCUGGAGCAUUCCAGAGGUCUCCCAAGGCCGGAGCAGCCCCCGUUCCGGGCGUACGUUGUCCGAGAAUUCCGAGAAACCCUUCCCCCCCCACCCCGAGUAGCGGGAAUGAGGGGGGGCCCCACCCCUUUGGGAAUUCUCCCGGGAAUUCGUCCUCCCGCUCCCCGGAGCCGCCUCCUUCCUCCUCAGCUUGGGGGGGUUUCAGGGAGCGGAUUCUGGAAGGAGGAUGGGAUAGAGGGGUUUUUGGGAAGGGGGGGGGAGGAUCUCCCCGCGCUCCGGGAAGCUGGAAUUGUCGGGCAGGAGGGAUUUGAUUGCCCCGCUCGGGGAUGGAACCCUCGGGGUCUCGAAAAUCGUGGAGGCAGGAGAGGGUCUGGACCCUCAGGAACCACCCCCCUCUCCCCACCCUGGGGCUCUGGGAAUGCUCUGGGAACGCUCUGGGAUCAGGAAUUGCUCCGAGCAGGAUUUUGGCAGCUCCAGAAUCCUGGACUGGUUGUUUUUUUGGGUUUUUUUUGUUUUGUUUUUUGGGGGCAGGGGGAGGAGAUGGGGUUGUUUUGGGUUUUUCCAACCCCUUUUUUUUUUUCCACGUUGUGCCUGUGGCCCCAGGUGUGUCCAAACCUCCCCCCUCCUCGCCCCGAGUCAUUCCAGGCGGGAAUUAUGGACCACGUUGCUCAUCCCUUGGGAAUUUCCCCCCUUUCCCCCCCGUAACUUAAGGAAAAUGUUUAUUUUUGCUGAUUCUUUGGUUGUUUUGAGGGAGGGUUCCCCCUGCCCCCAUUUCUGUGGAGUUUCAUUCAGGUCUUUAAUCCUUGGAAUUAUCCUCGGACUCCUGGAAUCCGCUGACCCCUCCCCUGGGAAGAGGGUGGGACAUUCCCAAACCCCUUGGGGUUGGUUGGUGGCUCCGUGUCCACGUGGAUUUAAUUCCCCCGUUUCUUUGCUCUUCCGUCCAAUAAAGGCCUUUCUCAAGGAA